GGAGGAGGCAGCGGGGGCUGCGGGCGGCUCGCAGGGCGGGGGGCGCGUCUCGCACACGCACACGCGCGGCAGCCCCGGGACCGGCGGCUCCUCCCGCCGCAUUAAAACGAGCCAAGUUCCCCGCCGGGGGCAGCGGCGGGUUCAGGCGGUGCGGCGGGUCCGGGCGGUGCUGCCCGGCCCCGGGGAUGCACCCGAACGCCACGGCCCCGGCCGUGCCCCUGCAGCCGCACCCCAGCGGUUAUGCCAACGCCUCCAACCGCUCCGACCUGCUCCCCAAAGUGCCCGACGAGGAGGACCUGGACGUCAACACCGACAUCUACUCCAAAGUGAUGGUGACCGUCAUCUACUUGGCUCUUUUCUUGGUGGGCACCGUGGGCAACUCCAUCACGGCGUACACGCUGGUGCGCAAGAAGUCGCUGCAGAACCUGCAGAGCACCGUGCACUACCACCUGGCCAGCCUCGCCUUCUCCGACCUCCUCAUCUUCCUGCUCUGCAUGCCCAUCGAGCUCUACAACUUCAUCUGGGUCCAUCACCCCUGGGCUUUCGGGGGGGCCGUUUGCAAGGGCUACUACUUCCUCCGGGACGCCUGCACCUAUGCCACGGCGCUCAACAUCGCCAGCCUCAGCGUGGAGCGCUACAUGGCCAUCUGCCACCCCUUCAAAGCCAAGAGCAUCAUGUCCCGCAGCCGCACCAAGAAGUUCAUCAGCUGCAUCUGGAUCGCCUCCUUCCUCCUCGCCAUCCCCAUGAUCUUCACCAUGGGGCAGAUCUACGCCAAGGACCAGGAUCCCGACUCGCUCAUCUGCACCGCCAUCGUGACCACCUCCUCGCUGAAGACGGUCAUCCAGGCCAACACCUUCAUCUCCUUCGUGUUCCCCAUGGUCGUCAUCUCCGUGCUCAACACCAUCAUCGCCAACCAGCUCAUCGUCAUGUUCAAGCAGGCGGCCCAGGAGAACCAGGUGUGCACCAUCGGCGGGCAGCAGACGAUGCUCAGCAUGUCCAUGGAGCCCGGCCGCGUGCAGGCCUUGAAGCACGGCGUGAGGGUCCUGCGUGCUGUGGUGAUCGCCUUCGUGGUCUGCUGGCUCCCUUACCACGUACGGCGCCUCAUGUUCUGCUACGUGCCCUCCAGCCACUGGACAGAUUUCCUUUUCAACUUCUACCACUACUUCUACAUGCUGACAAACGUCCUCUUCUACGUCAGCUCAGCAAUCAACCCCAUCCUCUACAACCUGGUGUCGGCAAACUUCCGUCAGAUCUUCCUCUCUACGCUCACACUUGUGUGCCUGCCAUGGAGGAAGAAGAAGAAACGACUGGCCUUCACCAGGAAAUCCAACAGUAUCUCCAGCAACCACACAUUUUCCAGCCAGGUCACAAGGGAGACCACAUAUUGAAGCCUGGGGAGGAAGGGAAAUGCAACUCAUCGUGGAGUCAAAACUGGAGAGAGGCCUCUGUGACUCUCGUGCAUGGUCUCCAAAUUCACGUAACACAAAUGUGUUUAGCAAAGUCAUUUCUGUUGGAAAAAAUAGGCUUUGUUCUGCCAGUAACUUUGAGGUUAUUUUAAAGCAUUGGCCUUGCCUCUUGUGAGUGAUGUCUACACAUAUUGUAACUUCAGUCUGGCAUAAAUCCAGAUGUGGUGUUAACUGGGAAGCCAAAAUAUGUUAAACUUAGGCAAAACCGUACUGCAUUUCAUCCUUUUCUCAGUGCAGAGAUGCCGUGUUCACAGCCAAGGGUUUGAGAUCACAUCUCUUGGUGGCACCGAGCGGAGAACCCGAUGAGGAGAAAGCAGUUUUGAACAGAAAGGGAUGUUUUUGGAGAAUGGACAUGCUCAUCUAUGGGAUGUUCAGUGGACAAGGAGUGAAAGCUCAGGGAGCCAGGUGGUUAUUUUAGAAAUAUAUCUACAUUAUGAGUAACAUGACUAAGGUGCUCAGGAGAGCCACUCUGGCUCCUUGAAAUCAAAUAAGAACAGAUGAUGCCUUACCUAGGCUAGGGUGGCUGUGGCCUGGGGGAAUGGGUGGCACCUUUGACUUUAGGGCAUCCAUAGUGCCUGGCACAGCACACCCCCUCUCUUGCUGGUUUUGGUACCACAACACCAAUAAAUAGCAGAGUCUCUGGCAAGAUCAAAAAUGCAGAGCCUGUGCCCAGCUGGAGUGCUGAAAAUGAAUAGAAAUGGAAAAUCUUAUUCUUUUCAUACAGUUAAAUCCUGUUUUUUACUAUAGAGAACAGUUUGCUGGUCUGCAUUAAGAGAUGAGAAAACUUCAUGAGGGCUCCGGGCUGCUGAGGUAAGAGUAAUCUGCUCCAAUUCUGAGACCUUCAGAUUUUUCCCAUUCUUAUUCCAGUUUUGCCUGUUUCCUCACCAUUUUUGAAAGACUGAUGUCUCAUAGGUUGUAGAAGCUGUAGGCAGCAGGGCUUGUUGUUCUACCUUUUCUGUUUUUUUCUUUUUACUGCCAGACCUGUUGGUACACUGAUCUGUGCCCCAAAUCUUCAGGUAGUGCAAAUGGCAAACACAGGACAGUCUAAACUGAGGAGUCUUAGCUCUAAAUCAACUUUCUUUUAACAAACCUGAAGAACAAGAAAUUUCUCAGUUCAGGAUAGGUGGCGUGAGCUUUUCUCCCAUAUAUUUCCACCUCUAACAGCCCUCUAACUGUGUGAUACAGCAAAUUGCUCCAGAGUCUUUAGUACCAGAAAUCACGGGACUCUGGACAAGGCUUUCCCUGCUGUCACAUCACCAGAUGUGCACAAACCCAGAACCAACCAAUCAUCCUGUGCAACCUUUGCUGUUGGUGACCCCAUGUCCCCUUUCACACCACAUUCCAUUAGGAGAGCAGGGCUUGUCUCUUUAUGAUGACAAAGUAGAAGAGUCAUAUUCUGCUUUCUGGGCUUUGCCCAUCCCAUUUCACUCUUCUGCUAACUAUCACCUCUGGUACCUAACAGAAAUCUCAGUGUUGGAGUUGUGGAUCUGGCCCCAUGAACUGCCACAAAAUGAUGGAGACCAGUUACUGAACCACUGGUUCAGUACAGUUCAAACACUGCUGGGGACUUCUCCUACAGAUGUCGUAUCACAGAAUCAUAAACCUUGCUAAGUGGGAAGGGACUCACAAGGACCAUUGAGCCCAGCUCCCUGGAGCUGUGGUUUAGGUCCUGUUGGGCUCAGGACAGGGAGAAAACACCCAUGGGGCAUUCGCUGUGAGUUAUUGGUGAUGACUGACUACUUCUGAGGCAUUUAUAACCUGGCAGUUGUACAGAGCUACCAUGGUAGACCGUCAACUGACCUCCAACCACACCAGCCAGGGAUGGGAGAUGAUUUUAAUGCCUAGUACAGAAUCACUCCAAAAGAAAGGGCUCAAAAUAAAAAUCAGUGGGGCUUUAGUUUCUUCUGAUUCAAUCAAACUGCAAGCUCUGUUUUGUCAUGCCUUCAGUUGAUUUCUUGCACUGGUUGUACCAAACAGAGGGCAGAGAUUAUAUAUGACAAAGCACUUUUGUUGCUUAUGGACUAUUGACUCCUCUUUGACAAGGAGAACAGGUAGUGGGACACAAAUAAAUAAAUUA